AUUUCAAAGGACCAGGAGAGGUGCUCUGUGAAGUCUGCUCUUCGGUCAAAGCUGUGAAGUUCUGUCAAAGCUGUUCUGUAUUCUACUGUGAGACCCACGUUAGACAGCACUACACAGUACCUAAACUCCAGAGACACAUACUGGUAGAGGUGACUGGUGACCUGGAGGAGAAAAUCUGUCAGAAGCAUCACAGACCUCUGGAGGUGUUCUGCAGGACAGACCAGAUGUUUAUCUGUAGUCUCUGUUCAGCCACAAAGCACGGAGGACAUGAUACAUACCAUGAUCAGAUGAAGAAAUCAGAAAUACAGAGUUUUGAAAGAAACAAAAACCAAAUUCUGACCUCAGACUAUGAGGUCGGUCCUCCUGAGAACAUCCAGGCCCAGUUGCUGACAUCUGACUCUGUGUCUCUGAGCUGGAGUUCUCCUCAGCGGGCCGAAGGACCACAGAAGUUCAGAGUGACCUGGGAAUGUGGUAGGGAGAAAAUCUCCUCAAGAGUGAAAGGAGGUCAUCUUGAAAUCACCAGCCUGAAACCUGGUGAGAAGUACCUGUUCACCGUGGCCACAGAGGGAGAUGAUGGUCAACUAAGCAGAUGUAUUUCUACAUCUUUAACCACAGUGGUCCCACCCAGAGACUUAAAGGUUGAUAAUGUGGAAUCCACCUCCUUCAGUCUCCACUGGACCAAGGGUAAAGGAAUGGAGACAGUCCCACAGCGUUUCCUCAUAUCCUACAGCAGCCCAGGAACCGACCCCCAUGCAGUGAAUACAGAGGGGUGUUACUGGACCUUCUCAAACCUGCAACCUGGCACACAGUACACUGUUGAUGUUGUAACUGUCCUGACCAAUGGGGAAGAGAGUGAACCUGUUUCUAUUACCAUCUGCACAGUAGACAUCCUGUGA